GUAUGUCUUGCUUGGCAAAUUCCAAACUGACAGCCUCGAAGAAAGGUUUGGAAGAUACCGUCGCCUUUGUGGGACAAACUAUCAUGUCUCCAUACAGCAAAUAUAUGAGGCGGAAGCGAAGCUAAGGCUGCAAGACUCGCUUAUCUUCCCUGAAAUGAGAGACAUGUGGAAAUCUAGCAGCAAAACAUUAGAUGCCAGCCGCCUCAUAGAAAACUACAAGAUAAAAAUAACAGAAGAAGACAUUAAAAGCAAGGAGUCGAGCUUGCCAGCUAUUACAUACAUAGCAGGAUUUUGUGCACAUGCAGCUCUAAAAAAGAUUCCUUGCACAGCUUGUGCAGAAAACCUUACUGCACAGGAAAGAGAAAUGGAGCUGGAUCGCAACAUAAUAAUUGAGAACCUCUCCCGGGGUGGUUUGAAGUUCCCGAGGCCUGUAGUCAUAGAUGCCGUGCUGCGAAUGCAACUAGUUCUUGAGAAAUUGACUACACAAGAAAAUCUUGUGCAGUUUCAUGCUGCCAGACAUCAAAGGGAAUUGCUGAUUAGUUUGACACAAGAAGUAAUAGACGAUGAAGGAUUCGAUAUCUAUUCUCAAGGUCAUCAUCCUGAUGAUGUCUAUCAAAAUAUACUGUGGGCAGCAGCGAACACAUUGCUUAAAAAUUAUGUCCAAAUGAAGACAGACCUCUUAAACACUGAACUGUCAAAAAAGAAACAGCAAAGAAAGCUCAAAACGCUUUCGUAAUGCAGACCAGCUGCAGACAGGUUGUUUGGUUCAA